UGUACAUACACACACACAUACACACAGAAACAUGUACACACACGCACAGAGACACAUGCACACACACACAUACAGACACAUAUAUACACACAGACACCUGUACAGAUACACACAUGUACACACACACACAACACCCCCCCCCCAUAAAAAGUUGCAGUACGUCCUUGUUCACUCACAGAUCUGGGUACUGCACUCUAGGGGGAGGCAGAGAGCACAGCACACACACUCCUUGCUUUGCUUUCACUGCGAUCAGCUAUUGCGCAGUCUGACGGCUCCCAGUGCCAAUGACAGAUCCGGCCUGAGCUCCGAGCCCGCUCAGCAAGACAGCCCUGGGGGACACACUUGCCCCCACCAUAAUUUCUACUCGCCAUUGGCGUGCAGGCGAGUGGAAAUUUCAAGUCCUGGUGUAGGC